GGCACCCGCACGGAGAACUCGCUGAGCGCGCAGUUUUCACUGGCGACAGGGUUCCUACCCCGGGACUCUCUCGUGGAGCUGAGCCGGACAAAUGGGCGCAUGAAGAAGGAGAGCAGGGGAAAUGGACUGCUAUUUGCGCCGCCUCAAACAGGAGCUGAUGUCCAUGAAGGAGGUGGGUGAUGGCUUACAGGAUCAGAUGAACUGCAUGAUGGGUGCGCUGCAAGAACUGAAGCUUCUACAGGUGCAGACAGCUUUAGAGCAACUGGAGAUCUCUGGAGGGGGGCCUGUGCCAGGCUGCCCUGAAAGUCCUGGGAUACAGCCCGAGCACCCUCGAGGGGAGAGCAGCAGAGGUCCUGCUAGGCCCGUGGCCUAUUCCCCUGCCAGUCAGCCUUCUCUUGGCACCAGCAAGUUUCCAUCCCAUGGGGAUGUCUGUGAGAGGGAGUUAGUCCCCCUGCCCAGGACACAGCUGCCGAACCACAGCUGUGUCCAGCAGGAGCAAGAGCAGGUAGAACCCGAUGACUGGACCUCCACACUGAUGUCCCGGGGCCGGAAUCGACAGCCUCUGGUGUUAGGGGACAAUGUUUUUGCGGACCUGGUGGGAAACUGGCUCGACUUGCCGGAAGUGGAGAAGGGUGGGGAGAAGGGUGAGACUGGGGGAGUGGGCAAGCCCAAACGGGAGAAAGGCCAGCCUCGGGAGUUGGGCCGUAGGUUUGCCCUAACAGCGAACAUCUUUAGGAAGUUCCUGCGUAGCGUGCGGCCUGACCGUGACCGGCUGCUGAAGGAGAAACCAGGCUGGGUGACACCUGCAGUCUCUGAGCCCCGAGUGGGACGCUCCCAGAAAGUUAAGAAGCGAGGCCAUUCCAAGGGUUCUGGACACUUCCCCUUCCCAGGCACUGGGGAGCACAGACGAGGGGAAAACUCCUCCACGAGCUGCCCUAAGGCUCUGGAACCCUCACCCUCAGGCUUUGAUAUCAACACAGCUGUUUGGGUAUGAAUCCUAGAGACAGGAAGUUGACUGACCUGAAAGGGCCAACACCACCCCCACCCCCCAUUGCCGGGCCCCUGGGGAGAAGGAGGGGGCAGGCAAUAUAGCUUUCAAAAGCACAACUCCAAGUUCAUUUUCCCCAGAAAGGAGGGAGAAGCCAGAGUUGCCAGAGCAGGGCUGAAGGGAAUGUGGUUGGGAGAGGCUGUCUCAGGGGCUGGUUAGGGGGAGAGGUAAGAGCCAGAGAGAGGGAGAGAGUGUGUGUGUGUGUUGCUCACUGUGGGGCUGGAGGUGACAGCAGGGGAGGGCAGAAGGAAACCAGGACAUCCCUCUGACAUUUGUCCAGUGCCCCCAAAGACCUCUGUUGAACAUCCUGGAUGGAAAAGGGUACUGGAGCCUCAGGUUCCCCAGAGAGGCCCCUAAGAAAGACCCAUCUCUGAUGCUCCAACCUUUUAACACAUCCCUGGCACAAGACUGAACCCAGCCCUCCUGGGAGUCAGAGCAGUAGGGAGGCAGAACACAUUCCUGUUUAUAGUUGCCUUUGAGGUUUCAGCCCAGACCUGGCCCCCAAGAGACCAGAUGAAUGAGUGUAGUGUGGAAGGAGCAGCUGGGGAAGCCCCCACAUUCCUCUGUGUCCCCAAAUGCCCAGGGCAGCGGGAGGAUCCGGUGUGGCAUGGUACACAUUUGAAAGCCUUUUCAUAAACAUGAUCUCAUUUGUGAGUGGGCACCCAAGGCAGGCAUCAUCCCAUUUUGCAUGCGAGGAAAGAAGCCCAGAUAUACUCCCUGUCCAGGAACACCACCCACAGCAGGAGGUGGAACAGUCCAAACCUGACUGCAGAGGAGAAGCUGAGCUCUGGAGUUCCCUACCCUCUUCCCCAAUGGUCCUUAGAGCCCCCGC